UUAAGAGCCUCCAUUUUCCCGCAGCAGCUCCAUUUUGUGUUGAAUGAGGAGACGGGAGGCCGAUUCUAGGAUUAAAGGUGUAGAAAACGACAGAAAACAGAAAGUUUUUAUUUAUUAAGGUGAUUUAUCGUAAGAGGAGGGGCGACAGCGACAAGACUCCGUAAGACGUUGCUGGAGCAGGUAGCUUUAAUAGAACAGCUGAGUCAGUGAAAAUUGAAGCGUGUGAGCCGAAGCUGCCUCAAACCAGCGCAGAUCCACAGCUACUCCGUCAAAAGAACAAGCCAGGCAGCAAGUCUGAAGAAAAAUGACUUCCCCCUCUUCUCAAAAAGUCGUGCUGAAAAGCACCACCAAGGUGUCCCUGAAUGAGCGCUUCACAAACAUGAUGAAGAACAAGCAGCCGACCGCCGUGAGCAUCCGGGCUACGAUGCAGCAGCAGCACAUGGCCAGCGCUCGCAACCGCCGGCUCGCCCAGCAGAUGGAGAACAGGCCCUCAGUGCAGGCCGCCCUGCAGCACAAACAGAGUCUGAAGCAGCGACUAGGGAAGAGCAACAUUCAGGCCCGGCUGGGUCGGCCCAUCGGCUCGUUGAUGCGGGGUGGAGCCGGAGGGCGGGGCUUCGGCAUGGGAGGAAUGCGCGGAGCCGCCCGAGGCCUGAGGGGACGAGGAAGAGGCGGCACCAUGAGAGGAGCUCUGGCUCUCAGAGGUGCAGGCCAGCUCAAGGGCCGAGGUGGUCCUGGACGCAUUGGGCUUCGCAGAGGUAUGCGCCAGCGUGGAGGACCCCCUGGUAGAGGCGCUAUCCUGAGUGGACGUGGUGGAGCUGGACGAGGGGGAGCUGGACCCAGAGGACGUGGUGGUCUUCGGGGCCGUGGGGGUUUCGUUGGAAGGGGCCGCGGCCGUGGCAGAGGAAGAGGAGCCGGCCGUCCUGCCGUUACGAGGGAGCAACUGGAUAAUCAGCUGGACGCCUACAUGUCCAAAACCAAGGGCCACUUGGAUGCUGAGCUGGAUGCAUACAUGGCCCAAGCAGACCCUGAAAGUAUGGAGUGAUGACAGCGGUGCUCAGAGAUGGAAGGAUAGAGAGAUGAGAGCAGGGCCCAUAUAGAUCUGCAAAUAAAAAAGACUGAUGUUUUCAUGUCGGCCAACAGCCGCGGCAUUUCAUGUGCUGAGUGCCCACCGAAAUCCUACUGACAUUUGGACUGAUAACGUUCCACAAACGUGUAGAGCUCUUCUACUGAUUGUUCACUGGUCUAGAACAUAACACAGGCAAAGAUUCUUAAGAGUAGACACAUUGCUUUGACUCAAAUGUUUGAUAAAAAUAUUGAUUGGAAGAGGUAAGAAAGGCUUUCUGUAAAGUGGACAUGAUUAAGGAUGUGUAUGUAAGCCUAUCCUGCCCGUUGAACAACUUUGCCGAGCCUCUGGUCGCGAAACCCAAAACUGACAUGGACCUAGAACAGACCCUUGCUGAACCACUCUCUCCUUAGAGCACCAUUAUGGCCCUGGAAACUCGUUUCAACUGGACUUUGAAGAAAAGAGUAAAAACCUCAGCUGUUUGGUUUUGACACAGGCUGUCCCUGAAUACAACGUCCUACGAAUGUCUUUCCCCCUCCCUUUUAUUAUAAUGGUAUUUUAUUGUGAUUUUUAAAGGUAGAAUUUUUGAAGAGGGUGAUUGUUAUAACUACUUUUUGCUUCUUUAUGUUAAAAAAUAUAGAAAAUAUCGAAGUAUAAUGUAACCCACAUCCAUUUUUAUUUUUAUUUUUUUGCAUUUUAAUAAAUUUUGGCCUCGAUGGUCCAACAACACUGUA